AUGGAGUCCGCUCACCAUGUGUCGACCUCGUCGAAGAUCCUCUUCGGCAAGGUGCGCAGAAUCGUGCCUCCCAUGCUGGAGAAGUUCCACAAAGGACAACUUGGACGUGUUGCGGUCAUUGGAGGCUGUGCCGACUAUACGGGAGCACCGUAUUUCUCGGCCAUAGCUUCGGCGAGACUGGGAUGUGACAUGAGCCAUGUCCUCUGUGAACGAUCAGCAGCACCCGUUAUCAAGGGAUAUUCACCGAAUUUGAUGGUGCAUCCGUUACUCCCGAGUACCGACACCGUCAAGGACCCCAAGUCAAUUGAUGCCCACUCCCUCGCAACCCCAAUUAUCAAUAUGCUCUCUCGCUUACACACUCUCGUGAUUGGGCCCGGUCUCGGUCGCGACGACGUCACACUAAAGAUCGUCGCAGAGGUGAUCAAAGAGGCGCGAUCACGGUCAAUCCCAUUUGUGCUGGAUGCAGACGGCCUACUGAUCGUCACCGAGGACCCGGGGCUGGUGAAGGGGUACAGGGACUGCAUCCUGACCCCCAACGUGGUGGAGUUUGGACGUCUAGCCAAGGGACUGGGCCUCAAAAUCGCUAGCCAGAGCGCCAUCGCCAAGAGCCAGGAUGGCGAUCGAACUAGCCGCGAGUCGGAGGCGUGCGAGCAGCUGUCAAAAGCGCUGGGUGGUGUGACGAUUAUCCAAAAGGGUCCUCACGAUGUGAUCUCGAACGGAGUCACCAGUAUCAUUUCCGAUAUUCGUGGCGGACUGAAGCGGAGUGGCGGUCAAGGAGACACGCUGACGGGGUCAUUGGGGACGCUGCUGGCCUGGCGCGCUGCGUACCUCAACCGGAUGUGGGACUCUGGCGAAAAAGAUAACGAGAGGGAGGCGCAGACCAAGGAGGAUGUUCGGGCAGAGCUCGAGUCCGAGGACAAGCGCAUGUCUCCGUCAACGACCCUGCUCCUGAUCGCGUGGGCGGGCAGUGCAAUCACCAGGGACUGCUCGCGGCACGCCUUUGAAGCCAAGGGGCGCAGUAUGCAGGCUAGCGAUCUGACCGACGAGGUGCAUGGGAGUUUUCUGCGGCUAGUCGGAGAGCCUGAGGUACCCAAGACGCACCUCUAG